AUGGGCCCCCUGCCUCUGCUGCUGCUCUGGGGACUCCCCCAGAUCUGGGGAAGUUCUGAGGCCCCACAGAGCGCGUUUCCCCUCCGCUGGCUCCAGAUCUCCUCUUUCACCAACCGAAGCUGGUCGCGCACAGAUUGUUCGACGUGGCUGGGGGAGAUGCAGAUACACACGUGGAACCAUGACUCAGACACCCUCCACUUCCUGAAGCCCUGGGCCAGGGCCGCGUUCACGGACCAGCAGUGGGAAAAGCUGCAGCAUCUAUAUGUGGUUUAUCGAAGUAGCUUCUCCAGUGACAUGCAGGAGUUUGCCAAAAUGGUGCAAGUAGACUAUCCCUUUGAGAUCCAGCUGUCCGGUGGAUGUGAGGUGCAUCCUGGAAGCAGCCCGGAAAGUUCCGUCCAUGUAGCAUUUCAAGGAAGCGACCUCGUGAGUUUCCGAGGAACCGCUUGGUUGGCAGCCCCAGAGGCCCCACAGUGGGUGGCAAGGAUCCUCCAAGUGCUCAACCAUGACCUCGGGACCAGGGCGACAGUCCAGUGGCUCCUCAAUGACACCUGCCCUCAGUUUACCAGAGGGGUCCUUGAGGCCGGGAAGUCAGAGCUGGAGAAGCAAGUGAAGCCUGAAGCCUGGCUGACAGCGGCCCCCAUCCCUGGAUCAGACCACCUGCUGCUGGUGUGCCAUGUGUCAGGAUUCUACCCAAAGCCAGCACAGGCCAGGUGGAUGCUGGGAGAGCAGGAACAGCCAGGAAUGCAGCAAGGGGACACCCUGCCCAACACAGACGGGACAUGGUAUCUGCGAGUCACCCUGGACGUGGCAGCUAGGCAGGCGGCCGGACUGACUUGUCACGUGAAGCACAGCAGUCUUGGAGACCAGGACAUCAUCCUCCACUGGGAGGGGAGACACACCUCGGUGGGUUCCAUCACCUUGGCAGUUUUGGGGUUGCUGCUGUUGCUCCUUCUGAUUGGUGGAGGCUUAGCCUUCUGGCUUAGGAAUCGCUGUUCCUACCAAGACCUCCUGUGACUUUUCC